AUGAACCGGUUAUCACUCAUACUCUUGCUGCUAUGCGGGUUCGUCGCUCUCGUUAGCGCAAAUUCAGCGCCGACAUUCUGCAAAUGCACCUGCUUCAAGAAUAGCACCAUCGUCGCUCUCGGUCCGCAACGCUCCGACGACAAGUCCGAAUCCUCUCCGCGAGACAUCCCUUCCUCGAACCUCCACCAAGAAGCCAAGCGCGCCGCCUCCUCGUCCUGCUCGCAAUGCACAAAGGCCUUCUGUCUAUCCAGGGGCAUCGACUUCUGCCGCGACGCGACGGAGGAGAACGUCCAGACCAUGUGUUUCCAGCGCGACAGCAACAAGGACCGCGUCAUCGUCUGGGGGUUCCUGCUCGGCACGACGGGACUGCUGGGGUGGGCGGCGUUCAAGCGCGCGCAGGAGCUGCGGGAGGGCAAGAGGCAGGCCGAGGCGGCGGCGGCGGGGAGGGGACGCGGGGAGUACAGUUCGCUGUCGCCGACGAACUGA